AUGACGCUCAAAGGCUAUUCGAAUGUCACUGCGGUUACAUCCUCGCCGAACGGUAUGUUGCUAGCGUUAGCACUAGGCGACGGGACUAUCAGGACAAUGAACAUCAGCACGGAGGCUACAAUUCAGGUGCUGGAAGGAAGUUCUGAAUAUGCCCAACAGAUUGCUUUCUCCCCAGACAGCAAGCUGCUUGUGUCCGCAUCCUAUGAUGGAACAGUUGAGUUGUGGGAUACCAAGACUGGAGUGCGUGUCCAAACACUCCAAAGCUAUUCGGAUGAUGUCAUUGCCAUCGCAUUCUCGCCGGAGAGCAAGCUACUAGCUUCGGCGUCGUACGACGGGAAGAUCAGACUAUGGACCGUUAGCAUUACAACCUCGGUUCAGACGUCUAAAGAUUAUUCAGAUUAUGCUAGCCCCGUCGCAUUCUCGCCGGACGGCACGCUACUAGCGUCGUCAUUAGACUAUGGCAUGGUCAAGCUGUGGAACACUUGCACGGGUGCAGAGAUGAUGCUCGAGGGCCAUUCGAAUCGUGUCAACGCGUUGGCCUUCUCGCCGAACGGCAAGCUGCUGGCGUCGGCAUCGAGGGACAAGACAGUCAGAGUAUGGGACGUUGGCAAGGGAUCUCAGACACUGCAAAGCUCUUCGGGCUCCAUCACUGUCGUAGCCUUCUCGCCGGACGGCAAGCUGCUGGCAUAUGCAUCGGAUGAAAGGACAGUCAAGCUGUGGGACACCAGCACGGGCAUGGAGUUGAAGAGGUUCGAGGGACAUUCGGGCUGGGUCGACUCGUUGGCCUACUCACCAAACGGCGAUCUGCUGGCGUCGGCAUCGAAGGACAAUACAGUCAGAAUAUGGGAUGUUAAGACGGGCAUGGAGAUGAAGACAUUCGAGGGCGAUUCGGACAGGCCUCCAUUUGGCUGGCGCAUCGCCGUGACAUUCUCGCCGGACGGCAAGCUUGUGGCGUCGGCAGCGGACGGCAGGACAGUCAAAUUAUGGAAAGUCAACACGAGAGCGGAGACGGAGGCGUUCGGGGGUCAUUCAAGCCACGUCAGCGCUCUGGCCUUCUCGCUGGAUGGUAAACUGUUGGCGGCGGCAACUCACGAUAGGACGGUCACACUGUGGGACGUGAACACAGGAGCAGUGGUUCAGACUCUUAAAACUAAUGCCGUUCUUAGUAUCCUCUCGUUUUCUGACGAUGGUGCAUUCCUCCAAAGUGAUAGAGGAGCGCUAUCCCUCUCGUUUCUUUCCAUUCAUCAGUCAACUCCUAGACGCGAAUAUAUGUCUUCUGUAUAUAUCAAGGACCAAUGGGUAAGCCACGGCGCAGGCAAUGUUCUUUGGCUACCUCCUGAUUAUCGGCCAAGCAAAGUUGCUGCUCACAAGAAUAUUGUUGCUUUUGGUUGUAGGUCUGGUCGAGUGUUAAUUAUGGAAUUCACUUUCUGA